GCCGUAUAUGCUGUAAAAAGUUAUUAUUUUUUCGAACAGCAAUCGGAUCAAAUAUUCCGAACUCCUUGAUUUGCAACCGCGCGAGGACCAAGGAGCUAGCGAGGGGUUCGUCAUGUUACUGGGCUUGAAGUUGCCCUCAGCCUCCUCCUCCAACUUCUGCGCGAGCCUCUUUGUAUUUAUCUCUUUGUUUAUCAGCUGCGUUGGUCCACCGAGGACUCAGGCGGCUGCAACUUAUAUGAGCCAUUUCUGCUUGGACGGCAUCACGACCGCCAACAGCACCUACCGAUCCAACCUCAAUCACCUCCUCGCUUAUCUCUCAUCAAACGCCACUCGCACCGCCGGGUUCUACAACGCCACCGCCUCCUCCAGAAGCUCCGAGGACACCGUUUACGGCAUAUUCCUCUGUCGCGGUGAUCUCCCCGCCGAAGCCUGCCGUGACUGUGCUGCCGGCGCAACCAAAGACCUUGUCCAGCGCUGCCCCGAGGAGGAAGGGGCCGUCGGUUAUUACGAGGAAUGCAUGCUACGCUACUCAAGCCGGUAUAUCUUCUCCAGCUUGGCCCCUGACCCUAACUCUUUCACCUCGGGAAAUAAGAGCAUUUCGGACGCAAUCCGGUUUAGUGAGCUACUGGGGGCAUCAUUCAACGAGUUGGCAACCGGGAUUUCAGAUCUUGGGCUUGGGGCCAAGAAGUUUGGGACGAAGGAAGCGAGAUUCACAUCGUCACAAACUGUGUACACCCUUGUGCAGUGCACGCCUGAUCUGACCGGCUCCGACUGUAAUAGGUGUCUUCAGAUGGCGAUGUCGUUUUUUCCAGAUUGCUGUAGUGGAAAGGAAAGCGCCUCAGCUCUCUUUCCCAGCUGCACAGUUAGGUACAAUGUGCACCCGUUUUACCUGAAUGUAAACACAUCGGGGGAAAGGCCUAAUCCACUUGUUCCUCCACCUCCUGGAAAAAGUCGAAGCUCAUCGCUGACUAUUAUUAUCAUUGUUGCUUCAAUUUCCGUCUCUACGGCGGUAUUCCUUAUGGGCUACUGCUUCCUCCGUAAGAGAGCAAGAACAAAAUAUAACGCUAUGCAGGCGGAAAAUAGUAAAGAAAGUGGAACUACGGAUGAUAUUUCUACUCUAGAGUCCUUGCAAUUUAAUUUUGCUACGAUUGAAGCUGCAACAGAGGGGUUCUCAGUUAAUAACAAGUUAGGUGAAGGAGGUUUUGGUGCGGUGUACAAGGGUACACUUACUAAUGGACAACAAAUUGCUGUGAAGAGGUUAUCGAAAAGAUCUAGUCAAGGGGGAGAUGAAUUUAAAAAUGAGGUUGUAUUAGUAGCCAAGCUUCAACACAGAAAUCUUGCAAGGCUAGUGGGAUUUUGCUUGGAAGGAGAGGAGAAGAUACUUGUAUAUGAAUUUGUUCCCAACAAAAGCCUCGACUAUUUUCUUUAUGACCCUGAAAGGCAAGGACAACUGGACUGGUCUAGACGUUACAAGAUUAUUGUAGGGAUUGCUCGAGGAAUUCUUUAUCUUCACGAAGAUUCUCGGCUUAGAAUCAUACAUCGUGAUCUUAAAGCCAGUAACAUUUUGCUAGAUGGGGAUAUGAAUCCUAAAAUCUCUGAUUUUGGCAUGGCCAAGAUUUUUGGAGUUGAUCAAACACAGGGAAAGACCCGUAGGAUUGCCGGCACAUUGGGUUACAUGUCUCCAGAAUAUGCCAUGCAUGGAAAAUUCUCUGUGAAGUCUGAUGUGUACAGUUUUGGAGUCUUAAUUCUAGAGAUUUUAGGUGGCAGGAAGAUCAGUUCUUUCUCUCAAUCAGAUGGUUCUGGACACCUUUUAAGCUACGCUUGGAAACAUUGGUGGGACGGAACACCCUUGGAGUUGUUGGAUCCAUCCUUGGGAGAUUCUUACUCAAUAAAUGAAGUCAUUAGAUGUCUCCAUUUUGGAUUACUUUGUGUACAGGAUGACCCAGCCGACAGGCCGACAAUAGCAUCGGUAGUUCUAAUGCUAAACAGUUACUCUGUUGCUUUGCCCUCGCCUAAACAACCAGCGUAUUGGCUUCAUAGUCGAACAGAGCAAAAACUGCCGUUAAAGGAGCCAGAGGCGGAUCAAUCCACAAGCAAAUCAAUGUCAUGCACUGUCAACGAAGUAUCUGUUACUGAACUGUACCCUCGAUAGUAUGAGCA